UUCAUUGGAAGUCAUAAAAACGUUCAGUUUAUAGUUUUGUUAGAGUUUUAAAUUAAUUCGAAUUAAUAUUAUAUUAUAUUUAGUAUUUAAAAUCAAGUCAAAAGGAUAUGGAAACGGCUCCGUUGAAUAAAAAGCGUAAAACAGACAGUGAACAAGCCAAAGAUAAGGACAAAGAUGCCGGCACAUUGCAGGAGGAGGACCUUAACAUACUAGAGGAGCCGCGGCAGAAGACGGAGGUGGAGGAGAAAAAGCAGGCGGAGGCGGAGGCGGAGGCAAACGAACAACAGGACUUCGUGUGCUCGGCGGAAAAUUGUGAAAAUUCUGCCACCUGUGGUUGUCCCCAACUGGAGGCAGAACCAUUGCGUAACAAUCAGCAAUUAUUGGACUUUCAGGUGCGUAGUCGCCACAUCCGAUGGCCCGAGUAUGUGCAACCUCUGGACACUGAAGUCCGCGGCCAGUCGGUCUAUCUGGAUAAGCAGUCGGACUUUGUUAGUAGCUUGAGACGUCCUCUGGAUGCAGGAAAUCGCCGUGAAUUACUUGUCUGUCACGACAUGAUGGGUAACUAUCUAAAUGAUCGACAUUUCCAUAGCUCGGAGAAAUAUGAUGAUUAUCGAUUUCUACAUUGGUCGGCUGUGGAUUAUUUUUGCUAUUUUAGCCAUCAGUAUGUAACAAUACCGCCAAGUGGCUGGCUAAAUGCUGCCCAUCGUCACGGGGUUCCCGUUUUGGGCACAUAUAUUGUGGAAGGUGAUCAAGGUAGUCGUCUGCUGCACGAAGUCCUUGCCAAUGUCGAGAGUGUGCAACGUAUUGUUGCCGCCAUGACACGUCUCUGUCUGCACUUUGGUUUCGAGGGAUGGCUGGUUAAUGUGGAGUGUCGUGUGCGAGCUGAGAGCAUGGCAAAUCUUUAUCGCUUUGUCGAAGAAUUACGUCAGGCGACAGAGAAUCAAGUGCCCCAUGGCCGUGUCAUUUGGUAUGAUAGUGUAAUUGAUAAUGGCGAUUUGUCCUGGCAAAAUGAAUUGAAUGAACGCAAUGUGCGUUUCUUUCGUUUGAGUCAUGGCACACUUAUCAAUUACAAUUGGAAUGAUCGUUCGCUGGAACAUACUGCGGCAAUUGUUAGCCAGGAGCAGACAUCACCGCAUCGAGUCUUCAUGGGCCUGGAUGUGUUUGGGCGGGGACAAAUUGGACGCUUCCAGAGCUCGCAGACCUUAUCCCGUAUAGCGGCUAAGGGAUUUUCUGGUGGAAUUUUUGCUCCAGCCUGGUGCUUUGAGACUCUUCAGCAAUUUGGCUAUAAUAUUAGGCAAACGCAGGGUGAUGACUCUGUGAAUGCUGCAUUCCUGGACCGCAACGAACGCUGGUGGUCACGUCUAUGGCCCUGGCUGGCCACACAUCCGUAUCGUUCGUUGCCCUUCUACACGGAUUUCUGUGUGGGCUCUGGUAAAUCCAACUACGAGCGUGGCAGACGUCACUCGCAUCGUUCGUUCUUCAAUUUGGCUCAACAAUCGCUGCAGCCGUCAGUGCCAUUGGUGGGCAAUGCCGAGCAUUGCUUCGAUAGUGUCUAUCAGGGCGGCAACUGCCUACGUAUUAUCAACUAUGAGCGAGCCUUUAGGCUGCUCCUCACCGACUUUGACUUGACCCAUGGUGUUCUCUUACUUGGCUAUGCCUUUAAGCAAGAUCAAAUAAAAGAUUCGUCUAAUACUUUUGAUUUGGUAUUACGAUUCUCUCCAAUAUCAGAUCAGAACGAGGAUCUUUAUGUCUUCUGUGGCUUGUACGAUGACAUAAUGGUGCCAGGACGCUGCUAUAUAUCGCCAUUGGAUCAUAGCCUAGAUGACAAGUUUAGCAUAAAUCAGCUGUCUUCUGGCCACAGCCCCAUAUCUGAUGAUUGGCAAGUGCGUCAUUAUGUGGUCAAGUUCGAUGGACCUGUUCGUCUACUGGAUAUUGGUGUGAAAUGUAGUCGUUCUGAGCUAUCCACUGGGAAUUCAUAUCUGGGUGCCGUCUAUGUCAAUUCCUUAUCGCUUGGGGAUUGUCAGUCAGUUCACCGAAAGACCGAGAUUAAUGUGUUUACUCAAAAAUUGUGGCAAAAAUAAACUUAAAUCUUUAACUCUUUCAUUUAAUGU